CUCGCACAAACAAAGCCUUCCUAAAACCGUUAAUUUGAGUCAGCUUUAAAGGAAAUCUACACCUCAGCUCAGUCAGAGUGCCUCGUCCUGCUGCUGAAAACGACAUUGUUUUGCUUUCAAAUGAGUGAAUUUCAGCAUAAGUUGGUUGUUUAACUUCCACACUGCCUGCUCUCCCAAAAUGAACUUUGUCUUGGUCUUCCCACUGAUGCUUGCACUGACUUCCUGUGGACAGAGUCAAACUGAGGGGAUCGAACAAACUAAUGAUUCGUGCUACAAUUUAUGCCCAGCUGGAUAUCAUAAAGUUGGUGAUUGUGAUGAUCAAGUUAAAAAGUACAAAUGCAAGAAAUGUGAGCAUGGCACAUUCACGGAGGUAGAAAACUUCGUAGAGAAAUGUCGUAGGUGUGACUCAUGUAAUCAUGAUGAGGUGGUAAUAGAGCCCUGCACCUUUAACAGGAGCACAGUGUGUGGCUGCAUGGAGGGAUACUACAAUUCAGGAUCUUAUCCACGGCAAUGUUCAAUAUGUUCCUGCCCGCACUGCCCACGGAAUGCUGACUACUACACGAAGUGCCCACACCCCCGGAGGCCAACGAAUACUGCAGCUUCGACAAAUCCAUCUACAACUCCAGUUGUGUCUCCAACCACAGUGGCAAACAAAAGAUUGAUGUCUACAACUGUUACACCAGCCUCAACUUCAACUCCCUUUCCAAACAAAGCUCUUGUUUCAACAUCCAAGGCUUUCACGAAUCCAUCAGAUCCUUAUAUAACAGAAAUUCCACGUAACCCGGGGAAUGCAGGAAUUUUUCUUGCGAUUCUCGUGAUUAGCUUUGUGUUGCUCUCAUGGUUCCUGCUGAUCUGCACCAUGAAGAUAUUCAAACACAAAGACAGUUUUUGCUGGAGGAGGAGGAAAGAGGCUGAAGUCUCCAAGAACGAACAACCCAGUCAUCAAGGCAGUAACCCGACCACACUGACGCUUACAUUCUCUGAGGAAACUCCCAUGUUGACUCUCAAUCAGAGUCCAGCCAUGUCAGAACAUCCAACCCACAUCAACACUCUCGUGCCAGUCAAUGGCCAGAUAGUUGCCAGACGAAAUGACCACGCAGAUCACUGGCCGGCCAUCGUCCUCUACGCGAUCAUCAAGGAGGUGCCCUUGCAUAGGUGGAAGGAGUUCUUGCGUCUGCUUAAGGUGACUGACCAGCAGAUGGCACGAGUCGAGAUGGAGACUGGUUUCAGUCUCGGCUCCAUGGAGAAGCAGUACCAGAUGCUGAGGCUGUGGAGCCAGCACUCUUCCUCCAAACUCAGUGAUAUUUUCUCAGCCUUACACUACAUGGAAUUAUCCGGCUGUGCACAGAUGCUCCAGGAAAGCCUGGAACAGCUGCAGUGGACGCCUGACCAGAGACAGGCACUCACAGCCAUUUGAAUGGAGCAGUGUGGGACAACUGAGGCUGUACCUGGCGGCACAAGUGUAAUGCUAUCUAUAACAUGACUGGAAACAUAAAUUAUUCAGCCAUGGACGCUGGUGUGAAAGAUUAGACACUCGCUGGAAAGGACAUUACGAUCUGUAGCCAUAUAGUACAACCCUAGAAACCUGGAACAAUGUCGUAAAUAUCCCGUACUGAGUAAUGCAGACGUAGAUUAAAGCCAAAUAAAAACAUCUGAUAAACUGGAAUGUAAAAAAGUGGACCCUUAUUUCAUGUUAAGACAGAAACCUAAAAUGUUGAAUGUAAACACAUGAAAUAAUGGAUUCGUAGCAGUGCAAAAUGCAGUUUCGAACAUCAGGUUACUUCCUCAAGAGCAUCAUUAGCAUUUUUAGGAACCACAUAACACCUCUUAACACACUCGUAAUAUUCUUGUAGCCUACAGUAGGUGGAGACAGUAAAUAAAUAAAAAAAUACUGAGGGAAGUCCCCUUCCCUUAACUAAUGGCUGCUGCCAAAAGUUGUUUAGAACAAUGUAACCUCCAGUUUUUUGUGUGGUGCCUCUUAAAUGCCAGCAAUGGAGGCUGCGGUUUUUACAGCAGUACUGCAAUGUACAUGUAUAAUUGGGAGGUGUUUGUGCUUAAAGGGUAAGCAAGGAAGUUGCACUUCCUUAGUGUAGUGUACGUGAUUGUUUUACCUCCACAAGUCUGUGCUUGAGAUUUCUCUGUUUUUUUCCCCUUUUGACUUGUCAAAGGACAGACUUUUUCAGUCUGAAUCUUUAAACUGUGCGUGUGCGUGAUCACUCCGUGCACAUCUGGGAUGUUUGUGCAGCACAGCUGCAGACGUCUCCCUCGUUUGGUAUAACAACUCAGCCACUGAUUGUUAUUGUGCACUCUCGCAAAGGAAGAAAACUGAAAUCCCCAAAGGACGUCAGUUUUUCAGUUUCCUGCAACUAAAUGGUGUCAGUGUUCAGCAUGCUGGGUUUUUCCUCACCACACAUAUUCCAUUUGAACGGAUGGUUCUCACUUGUGGUAUUUGGGUAUCUCACUUUGAGAGGUUUUUUUGUGUGUCUAUGUGUGUGUGUCAUUAUACUUCAUUGACAGUAAAGGUCUUGGAUUUUCCCAUUUAAGAUGUUUAUUUAAGAAAGUUUUAAUGGGAAUGUAGGCCACUUUCCCUGAGAUAUAAAUAUUUGUAUAUGUUUUACAGGUUAAAGUAUAAUUGUUUUUUUAUUUAUGAUCCAUUUGUAUGAAUAUUUGUGUGGUGCAGAAUAAACUGAAAGUGAAAAUCUUAAUGUUUUUCAUCUCAUUGUGGUCUUUAGUGGUACGCUGUUAUGAAAACGUGCUACUGUAAAACCCCAAAUCAAAAUGUCACCUGUAUAUGUAUAUGUCAUGAAUAAAAUGUUUG